AUCACCACAGCUUCAUCAAGCUUGAAGCUCACCAUAUCCAACUCACCAAACCAACCCAUAAUGUUCGUCCCCCGUCGCGCCCCCUUCGCCGCCCGAAGACUCCCCACAUCCAUUCGUCCAAUUGCACGAUACGCCACCGAAGCAUCAGACGUGACACUGCAAAAGCCUGCUGAAGAUGUCACACAAGUGAAGCAAGAAGACGUUAUCACAAAGCCGAAAUACACUCCCAGAGCUAGAUCUGCACCUGCACCCGCGAAGCCAGCACCUGCGAAGUCAACACCUGCUCCUGCGAAAUCGACAUCUGCGCCUAAGACGUUUCCUGCAAAGCCGACGACGAGCAGCAAGAGCUCUAAGCUGGAGAGUCCGCACAAGGCUGUUGCAGUGUUGAAGAGCAUUCUGAGCGAGACUAGCGAGACGGAUACCGAGAACACAGAGCACAUCAAUUGGGAGACGAGCUGGUAUGGUCUUGGUGUGAAGCCUGUUACACCUGAGCAGAAUGAGAUUCUCGCAAGACCAGUUGAUGCUGAAGAUGUGGAGGUCAAGCCCGAUGGUAUUAUCUAUCUGCCAGAGGUCAAGUACCGACGGCGGCUGAAUGAGGCGUUUGGACCGAUGGGUUGGGGAAUGGUCCAUCGUGGGGAUGUUGUUGUCGGUAACCAGAUCGUGACGCGUGAAUACGCUCUCAUCGUGAACGGCCGCAUGGUCUCACAAUCGCAGGGUUACAACAACUACUUCAACCCCGAAUCUAUCCCCGCCGCCAUUGAGGGUGCCAAGUCCAACGCCCUGAUGCGUUGCUGCAAGGAUCUCGGUAUCGCCUCUGAACUCUGGGAUCCAGUGUAUAUCCGCUGGUUCAAAAAGCAUUAUAUAGAGGAACGAUGGGUUGAGCACCAGGUUACCAAGAAGAAGAGGACUUUCUACUACAAGAAGGGUCUCGCUGAGGCAACAUACCCUUACAAGUUUUGUUAGACAUCUGUCAUGUCUCCCUUGUAACUGCAUUUGUAUAGAAUCUUGGGGCAAAAUAUUUCAGUGUAUGAUACGGAUGGAUUAGACAUAUGGCUUUGGCGCAUGGAGCGAUACUGUAGUAAUUUGGAGGAAAAUGCAUGGAUCAAGAAUCAUCAGACCAAAAUCUGGGGUUAUCUUGGAGAAGAAUGAGGU